GUUUGCUUUGCGCCAACAAUGGCGUCCGAACUCUCGGCGCUGCUCACCUCAUCCAGAAACCUCACCUCUCAUUUAUCGCGCCCGGAGCUACCCUCAAUAAACCUCUCCUUGGACCAGAUCGAGGCCCAGUCACGACGACUGGUUUCUCAACAACCCACCGCUGCAAAUGAAACUGACCGCGCGAACUAUUUGCUUGCCCAAGCACACGUCGAUGCAUCUGCACUAAGCAGCUCCAUUGCUCAUCUCAAUACCACCGCAACUUUUUCGCCACUCCAGCCAUUGCAGGACACAGAUGUUGCGGGUUACUUGCGUCACGCUCACGAGCAAAAUCUCAUCUCGACCAUCGAGGAGGGUCGCCGAGAAACACAGGAGCAGUUCUAUCGCACGCUUGAGGAGCGAAGCAGGCGGGAUUGGGAGGCUAAGAAGAAGCGCGUGUUCGAUGAGUUGGGCGGACGCGUAGGCGGCGACAAUAAAGCUAUGGCCGAACUCAAGAAGAGUUUCCACAGCAAGCCAAGUGUUACACCCAGCCUUACACUCCAAAUGCAAAGCAGGAUGAUGAUUUACGACCGCGUGAUAACGAGUCUGAAUGCUGCUCGUCUCCGUGGCACGUCGUAUCCAAUCGUUCACGCGCUCGCUCGCGCUGCUUACGAGGUUGCAACUGAUCCGCGUUCUGCGCAAAUGUCUCAAAACUUCCAUGUUCUUGCCAAAAUUACAGGUGAACCGCCAGCUCUACCUCCCACGGAGCACGCAAGUGCCCACAUUCUCAACGCCCCGACUUUGGAACGAAAAUAUGCCCGCGUAUACUUGGGCAAUCAAGAAACACGCGAAGCUGCCGCACUCCGUCGGCAGAUCACGAACGGCGCGCGACAGGCACUGGAGGAGCAGUAUUGGGAUGUUUUGGAACGAACAAUUCAGUCACGACCGAAUGAGGCUCAGCUUGGUGGCGAUCCAAGUAUCGCGAACAAAGUGCGAGCGUUCCUUUUUGUGAGGUACUACAAAAAUGGCGAAUGGGAGGAGCGGAUCGAGCUUGUCGCUGGGCAACCCUUAUGGGCACGACUUUUCUUCCUGAUACGAACGGGGCAUUAUCAAGAAGCCUUAGAGGAAGCUCUACGCUUCCAGCAAUCCAUUGAACACAGAGAACCCAGCUUUAUUGGCCACUUCCGAACCUGGAUCGAAUCACCUGAUCGCAGACUGCCAAAGCCCAGCCGGGAUCAUCUUCAAUCCACAUAUAAUGCUCACAUGUUACACUCAUCGACAUCAGAUCCAUUCAAACUGGCAUUAUACAAACUUCUUGGGAAGCUAGAGCCGUCUCGCAGGAGUGUUCCGCACGCGACAUCGACGACAGAAGACUGGCUUUGGUUCCAACUGGCUAUGGUCGACGAAGAUGAAGAUGGUGGGCUCCGGGGUCUUGCAGAGGUCCUCCUCGGGUAUGGUGAACGACAGUUUGAUGGAGCGCCAAACCAGCCAGGGGCCAAACGAGGCGUUUGGGCGGGUGUAUUGCUGAUGUGUGGACAGUUCGAGCGUGCAGUCGCAGCACUCUGGGAACACCAAGAGACCGAAAUUGAAGCGGUCCACCUCGCCAUUGCCCUUGCGUAUCAUGGUCUGCUCCGUGUCCCUUCACGAGCCGAAACAUCAGAUAUGACUCCUUUGUCCCUUUCACCAGCGUCUCCUCCAGCACUCAGUUUAUCGACUCUCAUUUGGCGAUAUGCGAGACAGUUCGUGAAGAUGGAUGCCAAGGAGGCAUUGCAAUACGUUUACUGCGUUGGAUUGGCAGCCGACCAAGGCCCCAUCGGUCAAGAACAAGUUGAAAAUGCAUGGGAACUCGUACGGCGCAUCAUUGUGCUAGGAAACAGCGGUCCUGGAUGGGAGGAACUGGUCGGAGGGUUCCGUCCAGACGGAACACGAUUUAGCGGUAUUAUCGAACAAGGCGCUUCCCUUUUAUCCCUCCGUGAUACGAAGGACUUCAACGAACAGAUCCUCACCCGAGCUGCCCGCAAUUCGGAAGAAAACGAUCGCAUUCCAGAAGCUAUCAAGUUGUACAAUCUUGCGGGCGACUACAAUACGGUCAUUUCAUGCCUAGCCCAGGCGCUGGGUAACACCAUUGCCAUGCCCAGUGCCGACGAAAAGGCCAGGACAGUCGAGCGGACGGCGAAUGAGAUCUUACGCAGUUACGAGCGCACGAAUCGGGCGGUAGGAAGAGACCGCGAGGCGGUUAUUCGGCUGUUGCGGAUACGAGAAGCGAUCGAGGCCAAGCAGGCUGGCAGGCCGGAGAUUGCGCUCGAGAUUAUGGAGUCGACGGAGUUAAUACCUCUGGACGGCGACGUGGCCAGGAUUACGCGAAGGGCCGAGGAGUUCAAAGAGCUGCAUGAAGCGCUACAACGGAAUCUGCAGACAUACCUCCCACUCACGAUGGAUGCGCUGGCGGGUGUCCACCAAAAGAUCAAGUCACAGCUCGCGCCAACAGAUGCGACACGACAGAUGUCGCUGGCCGCUCUCCGCAAGAAGUCGCGGUCGGUGAUGGUCUUUGCGGGCAUCUUGAAGUACCGGAUGUCGCCCGAUGUGUACUCGUAUCUGGCGCGGUUGGACGUCGAGAUUGCUUUGUAA